AUGACGACAGCGCCAACUAGUCACACCCGACCCGGAGUUUCACACGCACGACUCAAAGCCAAGGCAGACGCCGUCAAGCUGUACGACGCUGGGGAAGGUCGCUGGGGGACGGACGAGACCACGUUCGUCCGUAUCCUUUUCUCCAGUCCGCGUGAGCACCUCGUGCUGGUGAACGACAUCUACAAGAAGAAGUACGUGAGUGACCUCGAGGAGGCUGUGCGAGGCGAGUUCAGCGGCUACGCGACCGAGGCGCUCGUGUUCUACGUCCGCCUGGCACUGGAGCCGGACAUGGCGAUUGCCAUCCACUUCGAGCGCAUGAUGAAAGGCCUUGGUACGGACGAGAAGGGUCUGAGCGCGGCCGUGAUCCGAUACCACUGGAUGCAGCCUCGUGUUGAGCAGCUGUACGAGAAGCUGUAUGGACGUUCACUCGAGGAGCGGAUCCGCACCGACACGGACGCCAACUACGGGGACCUCCUGGUCACAUUACUGCAUAUCCCGACUGAUGACGACGAAAGCAGCAGCGAGAAUGAAUAA